CACUAUUAUUUGUAUCUCCGUGUGUGUGUGGAGAGAGAGAGAGAGAAGCUAGCAUGGCUCAAUCAUCUGCAAGUUCAUUCGUCCUCCCUCUGAAAUCGUCUCUCCACAUUCAAGGAGGGGGCUCUGUCACACAACUUCAACUCCCAGCUGCAAAGCGGAUUCAAAAUCCUAAACAUCGGCAAAGCUUGAAGAACCCUUCGAGCGAGAGAAAAACAACUAUAUGGUGCAAGUUGUCGGAAAGCAAGUACCCCUCGGAAGAACCCGAGGAUGAGCAUGUCGAAGGAUCGUUUCGAAAGCGUGAUGUUUGGAAGCAAUUGAACGGCUUGUACAAGUUUUCGCGUCCAUACGUCGUUAUGAACACUCUUGUAGCAAUACCAUCAAUUUCUCUUCUACCGUUGAAAUCAACUGCCGAUCUUUCUCUUCCGUUCGUUGCGGGUUUAUUCCAGGCAUUAGUGCCAUCAAUAAUGAUGAACCUCUACGCGGUGGGACUUAAUCAGCUGACUGAUGUAGAAAUAGACAUGGUGAACAAACCUUAUCUUCCGCUAGUGUCCGGGGAAAUUUCAACGGAGUUUGGAAUAGCGAUUACCUCCACAUAUCUCUUAACGAGUUUCGCAAUGGGAGUCAUAUUUCAAUCCCCACCAUUGCUUUCUGCCCUUCUUGUAAGGUUUCUACUGAUGACUGCAUAUUCUGUUCAGCUUCCCUUACUCAGAUGGAAAAGAAACGCCUUCCUCGCUGCAAUAUGCAUAUUGAUUCCCAGGGCAAUGGACAACGUAGCUACCUUCAUACACAUUCAGAAAUAUGCGCUCGGCAGACCGAUUGUGUUUACAAGAUCAUUGGUAUUUGCAGUUGCUUUCAUGAGCUUGUUCUCCACUAUUAUUGCUCUGUCCAAGGACAUAGAAGAUGUGGAUGGCGACAGAGAGCAUGGAAUUCAAUCAUUGGCAGUCAUCCUUGGGAAAGAAAAAGUAUUUUGGCUUUGCAUUAGCAUGCUACUGAUCGGAUAUGGAUCUGCAAUGGCGAUUGGAGCUUCUUCUUCCUACUCAACCAGCAAGCUUGUCACCGUGUUCGGCCACUGUGUACUAGCUUCAACUCUUUGGCUUCGAGCUUGGUCUGUCGAUCUUGACAACAAGGCAUCAAUCAGUUCAUUUUACAUGCUCAUAUGGCAGGCAAUCUAUGCCGAGUACCUGCUUAUUCCUUUCAUACGUUGAGACAAGUCGUUUCUCUGGACACCUAAAGAGCCGCCCACGAUUUUGCAGCUGUAUUUUUCUUGGUUU